CUCAACCACCUCCAGACUGUAUGAGAGUGCUUGUGUGUUUUGGGUAGAUGUGUUUUUUUCUCCCUUCCCCCAUUUAUUUUGAAUUAUCUUUAAUACAUACUCAUUCCUCUGGAGUGGAUGACUAUGCAACUGGAUUUUUUUUGGGGGGGGGGAUUUAUUGCCCGCUGUGAAACUUGUUUCCAGAUGAGAUGAGAUGAGAUCAGAUGAGAGACCCUCUGGAGAUGCAGUGAUCAUGUCUGGACACAGUCAACAUAGAUAUAAUCCAGCAUAGUCAAGAGAGUCGGAGGUAUGAGGACCCACAAGGCCCAAACCCAGGCUUUAACCUCAUCAUCUACUCAGCGGUUUCCGUGCUUCAGUCUGAGGAAGAAGAAGAAAGCAGGGGUGGUUCAAGGGAAGUUGCGUAUCCGCUCCAUGCCAGGGGCAUUCCUGGUGCUGGGAAUGAUAGUGGUGAUUGUUGGCACCACGUUGGCAGUGGUGGGGUAUUGGCCAUACAGGGUGCAACGAUCAGCAGCAGGUUCAGUGACUAAAAGCCCCACUCAUGGAACCACUUGGGGCCUUGGAGCCAAAGGGCUGUUCUCAACAGCGAGUCUGAUUCACACUGACAGGAUGAAGCUACUAGGUCCUGUAAUCAUGGGAGUGGGAUUAUUUAUUUUCAUUUGUGCUAACACAGUACUAUAUGAGAAUCGAGACAAGGAGACUCAAAUUCUGCUGUCUGAGAUGCAGAGUGUGAUGUGCACCAUGUCUACUGUGCCCUCGGCAGACUUCACCCAAGUAAACUCACUGAUCAGGCACUACCACUGGGUUGGCAGCCUGCCUGCAGCCCACUUAAAUAUCUUGUGCCUUAAAGAACUGGCCUCCUCUGAGCCACUGCUGCAGGACAGGACCACAAAAGAAGAGAGAAUGCCACUUCCAAGAGAAGUGAUGCACACUAAGGUCCUUCGUCAUCAGGAGUCUUUAUUCAUAUCCUCUAUUCAUCUAUCAGACUCCUGCAACUCCAGUAAACGAGAUAUCAGCACUUACUUGGAUGUAGAAAAGGAACUAGUCUGUGUUCAGCAGCCCCAGCUUGAGGGUCACUGCAACCUUAACAAGAACCUGACUUCAUCCCUUAUGUCUACCCCAGAGAGUCAGGAUUGGGAGUUAACCACGGUCCCUCCAAGGCGCUCCCAUAGUAUGAGUUAUAGAACUGACUCACAAACAUUAUCCAAGCCUUUAGUACAACUUCAGGAAAAGGCAGUAUUGCAGAUUUCAAGCUGCCCUAAACCAAUCCAACAAUCCUGCAUCUCUGAAGUCUGUGUGAAUCAGGAAGGAAUUCACAUACAAACUCCGAACUCUGACUUUGCAUUUGUGGGAGAUCAGAAGCACCACAGUUGGCCUUGACCUGACAUUGGAUAUGUUAGAAUGCAUCUCAGGCUGGAAAGCAAUCCAAUUAUCUGCUGUGUUUUUUUACUCUGGAUCUGAUUAAUAUCAUUGACCAAUCUCAAUUAAUCUCUCAUUGACCAACCGUCAAUUGUGCUAUAAAUUAUAAGAUCUACAAACAUACCUAUUGGUCAAACCAACAGUCAUGUGUAUAGGUUUGGGAAUGCAGCACUUUGUCACCGAAAAUAACAUGAACAAUUACAUAAAGGACUCAUCCUAGCACAGUCUAUGCUGUAUCAGUACUGAUUUUUCACAGCAGGGAUUUAGACAGAUGGUACUUUUUGUCUUUAGCCUAAUGAACUAGCUUCAGGUUUUUUUUUUUUUUUAGAGAGACUACAAACUUAACUGUACAAAACUGUAAGAUGCUCUGGAUGAGGUGAUCUUUCAAAUGACAUAACUGUAUCAAUUUGAAAACAAUAGAUAUGAUCUAAAAAGAGCUUUCUGUAGAUUUCAAUGCUACAUAGCUACAGGUAUGUUCAUAUAACCAAAGACAAAGAUAUAAAAAAAUAGGGUAUGGUCCAUUAUCAGGUCGUCCACAUUUUAUUUUACAUUUGCAAGGAGGAACACUUUUUUUUAUCUCAUCCACAGACUUUGAUUUUAGCAUUUAUGACUCAUGACUCAUUUUCCCAAAGCUACCUCUCUCCCUACUCCACAAGGCAGCAGUAAAAGUACAACAUAGAAAUUAAGUAAAUUAUCAUACAGUAUUGGGUUUGUAACGAAAGUACACCCUGGACAUGUUUUGUGGAAUUGUUUAAUGAGAAUAUCUUUCAAUAGCAUCUGUUUUAUUCAUACUGUAUAAAACAUUCUUUAUACAUUAAACACACAACAAAAAAUAAAUCAUAGAUCUGUUUUUAAUCUCACAAAAUAUUGAAUUUGAUAUUAAUGAUUUGUUUUGUGCUUUUAACCAAUCGCCAUUUUCAUAAAUCAGUUGGAUGAUACCAGUGAUAGUGGGUUUUUAUAAAUCAUUACUCUUUGGCUAUAAAGUCAGACAGUAUGGAGUACAUUAAAAGUAGAAUUUGCAGAUGUUAAAUUUGCAGAUUAGCAGAUGAGAGAAUUAGAGUCCUGGAAUAAGCACAGGAACAUCUUUAUGAUUACAGCAGAUCUGUUGCAGGGUCAGAAUAUCCAAUAAAGAAAUAGGGAGAGCUGAACUGGCAUGUUUUUUUUGGUGUGCGAUCUUUAGGGUGUCCGUGUGGGAUCAAUCAAAGCAUCAGAAGAAUGAUUCAGAAGUGCAGAAUGGUCUAAUUAAGAUGUAACAGAAGUAAUUAGAAAGGUCUGAGUGGAGAGCAGAGCGUCAUCAGUAGAAAUGUGUCAGGACAUCACUCUAUGCAGCAUAAGUAAAUGUAAAGAGAGGGAAAUUAGGAUGUGUUUGUAUUAUUUAUAACCAUUUGAUCACAGAAUACUAAAAAAAGGCUCAAAACUAAAAUCUUACUGAAUGCCUACCCAAGACCUGUGACUUGACGCAUGACUUUGCAUGUUUGUGCAGCCUCAAUGUAACUGCCUUCUCCUGUGUACUUUAUGUAUAACUGGAGGAUUGAAAGCAUCUGCUAGAUGGUACAGCAGAGCAUCUCUGUGCAUCUGGUUUCUAAGUCGAACUGUAAUGUUUAGCAAUUUGAUGCACACUAAGAAGCCCUGCUAUAAUGUCAUGAGCUGUGUCCCACCUUAUAUGGAAAAUCCAGCCACCAGCCAUGUACACAUAUGAAGAUUUCAAAGCAAGUUAAAUUGAGGGUUCUUCAAGGUUUAUGAACCUCAUCUCUGGAACUCUUUUAAGGGGAAAUGGGUUUAACAAUACAAUCUUUAAGGAUUGAACCCUGUAAGCUUGUUGUUAUCUCUUAGGGGUGACAGGAAAAUGUGCAGUAUUUAAAAAAUGUAUAAUGUCUCUGUUCAUGUAUGUUCAGGCACUAAAACUGUAGUAAAGCAGUUGUAAUAGUUUUGUGGGCAUUAAACCAUUAAUUAUUAUAUUACUCUGAUUACUCUUAUUGAAAUAAAAUGCUUUUGCAUGCAGAAAUGAAGGAUAUGAAAAAUAUGAACACCUGAGAUUUUUCUGUCUAGUACACAGAUUACUUCAUUAAAAACUCCUGUUUGCUGGGGAAGGAUCCAAGUCAGCUUUGAUUAUUAGUCCAUCUCGGUGUCUGUUGUUCCAUGCGUUCUGUAUGCUGCAUGUGCGUUUUGAUUGUAACAACAGCUGUUUUGUAAUGGACGGUACCUGUGCACCAACCGCUAAACUGACUUUUCAUAUCUGUGUUCCAAAUAAAU